UCUCGCUCUGUACAGGCGCAGUGUGUGCAGUGUGUGCAGUGUGUGCAGCUCGGCUGGCCUCCCUCCGCACUGAAUGGACUAGAUUCCCAGCCACGUAAGAAGCACAGCGGCACCACGGGAGAGAGGAUGUCCUGCUGAAUCAAGGGAUAGGCCUGGGAAAGUCGGCCGGCCGUCCCUUCCUUCCUUCCAGCACCUUACAACAGCAGACAUAAUAGACAGACGACACUUUUCUUCCAUUGGAGUAGACCAAGAGAAAGAGAGAGGACGUCGACUCCCGCACACAAAGAGCUACAGCAGUUUUUCCGGAUGGGGUUUUCUCCUUAUGUGGUAGAUGACAAUCGCCGUGCAUGGAUAUGAUCCUGGGGAACAAGGCCGUGCACUGACCUGGUACUAGUUAGCCAAGGAAGCUAACUAGUUAGCUCUGCACCUGCUAGCCAUCAUUUGUCUGUUAAAUUUCAGCUAAAUUCAGCCGCUAUAAUUAGCUUGCAAAACUUGCUUUAUACAUUUUGCUCUUGCUUUUUUUUACUGUGCCUGCAAGCUAUUUUCAACAAAUUGUUUCCGUUUUAUGAAACGUGCCAUACCAUUAACCGGCAAGAUAAGCUAGCAAACAAGCUGCGGUUUAACUUAGCUCUCUUCAUUCAUUGUAGAAGCCGACUUUUGGUAGCCUUUGUUGCAGUUUUGUCCUGCCUGUUCGCACUGCUUACGUUAAUGAAAUUGCAGCAGGUCUGUGAAAAGGGUUUUCAGUCGGCUAGGGGCAGUAAUUCAGUUAUUUUUGCCUGGCCUUAUCUCUUGAAUGGAAAAAAAGUGGGGCAAAUGAACAGUUGAACUGCAAAAAAAUUACAGACCCCGUUUUGUAUCAAAACCAACGAGCCAGCUUUGCCUGUUGAUAGUCUGCCAUUUCCAGCAGCAGGCUGCAGCUAAAUCAAUUCUUCAUGUUUUUUUUUUUUGUAUUUUGUUGAAGAAUUACUAAAGUAUCGGACGAUUUGAAAUUGCACUGAGUUUACAACAAAGUGGUCCACUAAUCAAGUAGGAGAAGAACAAGCAGGAGGAAGGCCCCGAUAUUGUGGAGUUAUCGCACUUAUUCCUCAUGAACAUACAGAGGUCAAAUCCAAUUAACAUUUCACGUUAUGGGAGAUCGCGGCACAAAUCGCACGAUUUUGAAGAAUUAUCUUGCUUAAGGACUACAGAGUCGCACCAGAGUUUCAGCCCCAACCUCGGGUCCCCCAGCCCGCCGGAGACCCCGGACUCCUCGCACUGUAUCUCCCGCAUCGGGGACUACCUUUUGUUGGAGCCACUGGAGGGAGAUCACGUAUUCAGAGCCGCCCACCUGCACAGCGGGGAAGAGCUCGUAUGUAAGGUUUUUGACAUCGGCCGAUACCAGGAGUCACUGGCGGCCUACUUUGCCCUGGGCCAGCACCAUCAUAUUAACCAAAUCCUGGAGAUCUUGCUAGGCGAGACACGAGCCUAUGUGUUCUUUGAGAGGAGCUAUGGCGACAUGCACUCUUUUGUCCGCACCUGCAAGAAGUUGCGGGAGGAUGAAGCUGCCAGACUCUUCUAUCAGAUAGUGUCGGCUGUGGCACAUUGCCACGACAACGGACUGGUUCUCCGUGACCUCAAGCUGAGGAAGUUUGUCUUCAAGAAUGAGGACAGAAGCCUUGUGAAGCUGGAGAGCCUUGAGGACACGUAUAUCCUGGACGGUCAUGAUGACUCCCUGUCAGACAAACAUGGCUGCCCAGCCUAUGUAAGUCCUGAGAUCCUCAAUGCCAACGGCAGCUAUUCGGGGAAGGCAGCUGAUGUCUGGAGUCUGGGCGUUAUGCUUUAUACCAUCCUGGUGGGGCGCUACCCUUUCCAUGACGUUGAGCCCGGCUCUCUGUUCAGCAAAAUCCGCAGGGGUCACUUCAACAUCCCUGAAACGCUCACACCCAAGGCUAAGUGCCUGAUCCGCUCCAUCCUCCGCCGGGAACCCGCAGAGCGCCUCACCUCUCGGGAGAUACUGGAGCACCCCUGGUUUGCCUCCUCCGGGGCACUGGGGGGCGUCGCAGUACACGGCAGAGGAGAGAGAGAGCAGGAGCAGAUGGUGCCUGAGGUGAACAUGGAGGAGGAGCUGGAGCAGUUCUUCAGCUGAGCAAACACCAAGCACAAACGGACGACUCCGCCACGGUCAGCUCGCCACGCUCACAGCAGAGCCAAAAACAGUAGUCUAGAGAUUAAUAGGUGAACAUUUGUCACUCAUAAUAAAGGUGUUUCCAUCCUUUUUCCUUUUCCACCAUUUCAUGGAAAACCUUGAGCCUGGCAUGACAAAUGGCAUCUAUACGUCACCUGGCGACGCACCUCCCAUUCGGGGAUGCUGCCGCCGGACAUGCAAGUUGCAAACAAUGUAGCAAAUGUUCUUUUUGGAUCUGUUUUGUUUAAUGUGGUGCUCAUAAAAGUAGACACAUUCACCAUUUUUGACACUAUGGAAAGCAUGAAGGGACAAAAGAACACAGGAAACCAAGGAGAACAAUUCAAAGUGAACUGAAACACCACACCUUUUCUUACAGAUUUUGUUUUGUUUUUUUGUCAGCUUUAGGUGGUACCAAUUUUAACCACAGACCCAGGUUUAGAACUCACAAGCCCUAAGCAAAGGUGAUUAUACCUGCCUUGGGAUCAUUGGUUAAGAAAUGGAGCAGCUUAGGUUUUUUUCUCA